AUGCUUGAGUCAGAGGAUCCCGUGAAGGGGGCUGGGGUUGUGGUUGAGGUCGCGCCUUCGGUCUCCACAGAAUGCCCAUUUCCCUCGGCUCACAAGCGGUUGGUCCGCCGCAUGGACUGGAGGAUCAUGCCCAUCCUGUCUGCAAUGUACUUUCUCUCCGCUCUGGACAGAUCCAAUAUUGGCAACGCGAAAGUCGCCGGUAUGAACACGGAUAUUGGGAUCUCUGAUGCACAGUACUCGACAGCGGUGUCGAUAGUGUAUGCAACCUACUUGCCAUUCAUGCUUCCGGGAGUGUUGCUGAUGAUGCGGUGCUUCAACGACAAGAAGCGAGAGUAUCUUGGAUGCAUGGUUGCGCUAUGGUCAUUGGUGUCUACUUUUACAAUGUUUGCCAGUGGAUACGGAUCACUACUAGCGUGUCGGCUGCUGCUUGGGCUUUUUGAGGCGUCCUUCUUCACGUCAAUCUCCCUCAUCAUCUCAGACUUUUACUUCCAGUCCGAGCUUUCGCAACGUGUGUCGUACCUAUUUGCUGCAUCUGCAUUUUCCAGCGCCUUUGGGGGGCUCAUAGGUACUGGAAUCACAAAGAUCAGCUCUGGCUUGGCUCCGUGGAGAUACAUCUACCUGAUCGAGGGGCUCCUGUCUUUUGCAGGGAGUUUUUGGAUGAUGUUUGGAAUGCCAAACACUCCGGAGGAAGUUGCACACGGAGAGGAAGAGAUGAGGGUGCUUGA